ACUGUUUAAUUGUUUGUACUUGGAUUAUACUGGAGUUAUUUAUCAUUCAUACUAUCGCGGAUACGCGGCCCCAAAAUAACUCUUUCUAUCAACUGUCCUCGCAAAUCACAACUCGCCAUGGACGAACCUCGAAAACAUCAGGUCUCGUUGCGAGGAGCGAGCGUGAAGGAGAUUUCUAGGGAUGCGCUUCUCGAGAAGGUGUCGCACCAGAGAGAGCUUAGGAGUUAUAUUCGAAAAUCCACUGCGGCUGCAGUGUUUAUUCAGAGAGUUUGGCGGCGAUACUCUGCCACAAAGUUGAUAGCCCUACAACUUCAGAAUCAGUGGGAGAUAUUGAUGGAUAACCUUGCUGUUCCUCUAACUAAAAUACAGAUAUCUGGCAGUAUUUUGAGGCCUUUUAUUUUCUUCAUGUCAUUCUUGUUGAAUCGAGGGGCGAAAAAGCAAAAGAGUGACAAAGAUUGCAUGAAGACUUGCUUCAGAGUUGUUUUGGAAAGCAUAAACUCGACUAAUCUGGAUGAAAACUUUUGCUCCAUGGCAUUUGGAAAUGUUGAAGAAAGAAGAGUUUGGACUUACCAAUCAAAGAAGCUGAUUUCCCUUUGCUUGUUGGUUCUAGCAGAAUUUGAUAACUCCCGCCUAGGGGGUGAAGACAUUUUUGUUACAUCAUUAGCACUGCGUUUGGCAGUUGUUUUGACUGAUCUUAAAGGUUGGAAAUGCAUUAUUAAUGCUAAUAUCCAGGCUGCAAAUAUGUCAAUAAGAGACUUAGUUCAUUUCAUGGGAAGCAAGAAAAGUUGUUUGUACAGUUCUGUACGGAGAUACAUUUGUAAACUUCAAACGCCUGUUUCUUCUCAAGUGACUAGUUCUGGCCAGGCAGAUGAUCGAUUCUUGAUCAUUGCUAGUGCUACAACUUUGGCUUUGCGGCCAUUUCAUGUUGCAGGCUUAGUUGUAAACACUAAUUGCUUAGAGGAAGUGCAGAACGCUGCCGAGCAGUUUUGUAUUUUUCUACUUACAAUUCCUUGGUUUGCUCAAAAGUUACCAGCAGUGCUAAUACCAGCUCUGAGACAUAUGUCUGUUUUGUCAGCUUGUUUAAGGGUUCUGCUGAUGUCAAGGGAGGGAAUCUUAAAAGAAAUGUCUUGUGCUGUUAAGAUGACAACUACCCACCAAAACAGGGUGAUGCCACAGGUUGGUUGGGCUCUGGCAAACAUUAUAUACCUUGCUACAAUGUGUGAGAAGAAUGCAUUGGAUUCUGGAAAGUUUGCCCCUGGCUUAGACCAUGCAUCCUAUGUACAUGUUGUGAUUGCUCUGGCAGAGAACCUAUUGACUUGGCUUGAAAAGGUUGGAUGGCUAAGAAAGGACCAAGAAGUCCUGGAUGAUUGUCAUACUUCUGCUGAAUCCCUUGAUAACUUUUUGCAUGAGGCUGAGACAACUGCUGGAUCCCUAAAGAUGUCAUAUUCGGACCUUCUUAAGCCUGUUUGUCAGCAGGGGCAUCUGAUGAAACUUGUAUCAUUUAACAAAGAUACUUUUGUUAAGAAGGAUGAUAAUCUGCCAGCAAUCAGCAUGGAGUCUCCUAGAUGUUGUGAGUUGCUUGAUGUUGCUUAUUAUUACUCAUGCAUGCUUAGAAUAUAUUCAGCUCUGAAUACAGUGCAUGGAGCAUUGCCAGUUCUGAAUAUGCUAUCAUUUACUCCUGGAUUUCUUUCUAAUUUGUGGGGUGCUCUAGAAAAAAAUUUAUUCCCUGGAAAAGAUUAUGUUGCUGAGAGUGCUUCAAAUCAAAAUAAAGUUGGUGAAAGCAAUUUUCAUGAAGUGUCUGCAGGAAAGCAAAAACAUUUUGCUAAAGACAGUGGCAGCAAAUGGGUUGAUGUAAUUCAGAAAAUCACAGGAAAAUCACAAACAGAAUCAAAAACUGCAAACAUGGCAGAUGGAAUUUCUGGUUCUAACUCAAUUGAUGAGCAUUGUUCUGAUAUCUGGGAUAUUGAACCACUAAGGAAGGGUCCUGAUGGCAUAUCAAAAGAUACUAAUUGUCUGCUUCAUCUCUUCUGUGCCAGCUAUUCACACCUGCUCUUAGUUCUUGAUGACAUUGAGUUUUAUGAGAGACAGGUCCCUUUUGUAUUGGAGCAGCAACGCAAAAUUGCGUCAGUACUUAACACAUUGGUGUACAAUGCCUUGUCCCUCAAUAUUGGUGCUCAAAAUAGGCCACUAAUGGAUUUUGCUGUCAAAUGCCUGCAUUUGUUAUAUGAAAGAGAUUGCAGGCACCAGUUUUGUCCACCUGCUUUGUGGCUUUUACCAGGUAGAAUAAAUCGCCCUCCAAUUGCUGUAGCUGCUAGGACUCAUGAAGUUUUGGCAGCUACUACAAAUGAUGUUUCAGCCUCUCUGACAAUUGAUUCUGUCAUUACAACUACACCACAUGUCUUUCCAUUUGAAGAGAGGGUUGAAAUGUUUAGAGAAUUUAUCAACAUGGAUAAAGUGUCUAGAAGAAUGGCUGGUGAGGUUGUAGGUCCAGGUCCACACUCAGUAGAAAUUGUUAUUCGCCGUGGUCAUGUUUUUGAAGAUGGAUUUCAACAAAUAAAUUGCCUUGGGUCCAGACUAAAGUCUAACAUCCAUGUUUCUUUUGUAAAUGAAUCUGGUCUUCCUGAGGCUGGCUUGGACUAUGGUGGGUUAUCUAAGGAAUUCUUGACUGAAAUAGCAAAAGCAGCGUUCUCACCUGAGUGUGGUCUAUUCAUCCAGACUUCAACCUCAGACCGGCUUCUAAUUCCUAAUUCAGCUGCAAGGUUUUUAGAAAAUGGUUUCCAGAUGAUUGAGUUUCUGGGAAAAAUUGUUGGCAAGGCACUUUAUGAAGGAAUAUUGUUGGACUAUUCCUUUUCACAUGUUUUUGUGCAGAAGUUAUUGGGCCGCUAUAGCUUUCUUGAUGAAUUAUCAACACUUGACCCUGUUCUAUAUAGAAAUCUCAUGUAUGUUAAGCAUUAUGAGGGUGAUGUCAGAGAGCUUUCAUUGGAUUUCACAGUUACAGAAGAAUCACUUGGAAAGAGGCAUGUUAUUGAGCUUAAACCUGGAGGCAAGGAUGCCAGUGUGACAAAUGAUAACAAGCUGCAAUACAUUUAUGCGAUUGCAGACUAUAAACUUAAUCGGCAGAUACUUCCAUUCUCAAAUGCAUUUUACAGAGGGUUGACUGAAGUUAUAUCCCCCUCUUGGUUAAAGUUAUUCAAUGCAAGUGAAUUUAAUCAGUUGCUUUCAGGGGGAAACCACGAUAUUGAUGUUGAUGAUUUAAGGAAAAACACGCGGUAUACCGGGGGUUAUAGUGAAAGUAGUCGAGCAGUGAAACUUUUUUGGGAGGUUUUUGCAAAUUUUGAAGCAAGAGAACGGUGUUUGCUCCUUAAGUUUGUGACAAGUUGUUCUCGAGCCCCUUUACUUGGCUUCAAAUAUUUGCAGCCAACCUUCACUAUUCAUAAGGUUUCAUGUGAUGUACCACUAUUGGCAGUACUUGGAGGACAGGAUGUUGAUCGGCUUCCAUCAGCUUCUACAUGCUAUAAUACAUUGAAGCUUCCAACAUACAAACGGUCGAGCACCUUGAGAGCAAAGCUUCUUUAUGCCAUCAAUUCAAAUGCUGGGUUUGAGCUUUCAUAGAAGGAAGAUGUUUUCAUUUCUUGUGGCUUUCUUUCUAAUACACUACACGUAAUGUAUUUUUACCCGAUUGAUUGCCCGUUUUAUGUUUAUGUUUUAAUCAAAUAGUGGCCUGUCAAUAUACAAAAUGCUUUUGUUUAAUCAAAAAGUAAUGCAAUUUUCUUAUAGAGAUGGUACAAAGUUAA